CUCUCCAGCGUCCGCCUUCCCUUUUUGAAUACUUCUAUUUGUUCUUCUACUAUCUAUCGGAUUACUUAAUUAAUUAGUUAACUAAUAGUUUGUGAAGCUUCUCUGCGUUUCUCUCUCUUCCCUUCCUUCUUCCCCACUCUUCUCUUUUCGUUAUAUUUCUUCUCCUCGCUCUCUUUCUCUUUCUCGUUAUAUGGUGGUUUUCCGACGGAGAUGGCAUCGUCGUCGUGGCAGUUGGAUUCGCUGAUACGCUGGGUGACGACGAACUACGCGGAGCCGUUGGAUGCGGUGCAGAGAACGGUGAGGAUCGCCUACGUCGUCUUCGCCUUUUGCGCCGCCCUCUUCCUCGGUGCUCUCAAAGCUCUGGUGGUGGGACCCAUCGCGGCGCUGCUGCUGAUACUCGGGAACGUCGGGGUGAUUCUCGGCCUCUUCCCGGCUCACGUCGCCUGGACUGUCUACUCUCUACUCAAGACUAAUUGUAUGAAUGCAGCUCUUAAAUUUGCAUUUCUUUUUGCUCUGCCUGUAUUGUUUGGCCUCUGGUUGGCCUUAAGCAUCUUUGGGAGUGGCCUGGUCGGAGUUGGUUAUGGGUUCUUCACACCAUGGGUGUCAACUUUUGAAGCCUUCCGACAGAACAGUGAAACAAAGAAGUUCCUUCACUGCAUUGUGGAUGGAACAUGGGGAACCAUUAAAGGGAGUUGCACGGUGGUCAGAGACUUUGCAGAUUUUUGCUACCACUCAUACCCGCUCUACUUAAAAGAGUUACGGGAAAGCACCCAUGAUCAUCAACCACAUUCAAUCAGGCUGAUGGAGGUGCCUUCAUGUAUCGUUGUGGGCUUGAUGGGCUUAAUUGUGGAUAUACCACUUUACACUGUUAUUGCAGUAAUAAAGAGUCCAUAUAUGCUUUUCAAGGGCUGGCAGAGGUUGCUGCAAGACCUGAUUAGUCGAGAAGGCCCAUUUCUUGAAACAGCUUGUGUGCCAAUUGCUGGUCUGGCCAUCCUUCUCUGGCCACUUGUCGUUGUAGGGAGUAUCCUAUUGGCUAUCAUCUCCGGCAUCUUCAUUGGGCUCUAUGGAUCAGUUAUUGUGUACCAGGAGAGAUCUUUCCGAAGGGGAGUUGCUUUUGUGAUUGCAAUGGUUGCAGAGUUUGAUGAGUACACUAAUGAUUGGCUCUAUCUGAGAGAAGGGUCUAUCCUCCCAAGGCCUCGGUACCGAAAGAGGAAAGUCUCACACUCAACAGAGUUUUCUGUUGGAUCCAGCACUGCUAGAGGAGUUAAGAUUGGUUCUGGUUCUUCAAAUGCACCUGCAAUGUUGGUUCCAAACCUGGCUCCUUCAAGAUCUGUGAGAGAGGCGAUACAGGAAGUGAAAAUGGUUCAGAUAUGGGAGGAUUUAAUGAAGUGCUGUGAGAUGAGGGGCAAGGAACUUGUAGAUGCAAAUAUUAUAACAUCAGUUGAUCUAAAUGAGUGGUUAAGAACAAAGGGAAGCAACCAAGAAACCAUUGGCCUUGGCCUGCCUUCUUAUGCUUUCCUACACAGUCUUCUUUAUUCUAUAAAGGCUGGAUCAGGUGGAUUCUUGCUAAGUUGUGGGAUUGAAGUUACCCAACUAAACCGUCCACAAGAUCGGCUAUUAGACUGGUUCUUCCAUCCUGUGAUGGUUUUGAAAGAGCACAUUAGGGUCAUAAAAAUGGGAGAAGAUGAGGUGAGGUUCUUGGAGAAAUUAGUUCUCUUCAUUGGUAACAUUCCAAGCAUUGACACUUGGGACAAUGGUUCUGUGGCUCCUCAAGAUGCUCUCAGGGCUGCUCAAAUUCAAGCCAUUAGCAGAAGGUUAGUAGGCAUGACGAGGGGCAUAUCAAAGUUUCCAACCUACAGAAGGAGAUAUAGGCAGGUUGUGAAGCAGCUGAUCACUUACUCUCUCGACCAGCAAGGAUCCUGCAGAUCACGUUCAACCAUAUCAGUUUCUUCAGUUGAAAUUAUGCCUGCUGAAGUAUAGCAAAUUUUUCUUUGCUUAUGCACACCAAUACUCAUAGUUCUCGGAGUGCUUGUAUAGGUGAUUUAAGCAAGUUUUGUACCCUUAACAAAUUUAGUUUGUAGAGCUUGAAUGUAGAGGUGGUAGCACUUGGCAACCGAAGUAGUUGCAUGGCAGUUUUUCAUCUGUGACAUGGAAGAAUUCUUGAGCUCAAAAUCAUUUUAGCUAUUGUGCGAAGACAAGUCGUGUGCAUAUAUAGCAGUUCCCACUCAGCAUUAAGAGAUGCAUACGGAGGCAGCUUGCAUAAUGUUACCAGUUGUUUGGAAUUAUCUUGGCUUGGGUUUUAAUUCCUCCUUGAUAAAGGAUAUAGGGUUAGACUGAUGGUCCUUGGUCCUUGCUGAUAUUUCCUUUCACAUGCCUGGUUUGCACUGAGAAGGUAAUUGCUUAUCUCAGUAUUAGAAGCAAGAUUGGACUGCAACCCCUUCCUAAAAGAGGAAAAAAGGGGGGAAAAAGAGAGGAAAUAACUGUCGAGGAAUGGAGGAAGAUUGCAGGUGGGCAUUUCAGCCAUUUAUAUUAACUUGAUGUACAUGCAUCCUUUCUUUUUUUUUGUUUUGGUUUUUGGUGGUGGAUACGAUGUGGAAGCACACCGAGUAAUCCACUUCCAUUCAUCCAAACAUUCACAAGCUAACUCAAAUAUUUGCAUCCUUUUACUAGCAUUAAUGGAAAAAAUUUCAUCUGGAUGAAUUGUAAA